AUGGAAGUUGCUCCCUCUAGCUUUCCCAGUAGCUACGGCUGCUGCCGGUUUGUGAGUGACACCUCCCCUCGCGUCCAAGUCAAUCUCGAGCGUUUGCUCGGGGAAAGUUUACCAGGAGCUGCGCGUACCCCACCCCGGCACAACGUGUGUGCGCGCUUGGGAACUGCCUGCCAGGGAUGUGCGCGCGAGAGCCUAGAGCUGCCCGGCAGCUCCAGCGCAGCUGGGGACGUGUCAGGAGGGAGCGCGGAGCUCGGGUGGUCGGCGUGCAUGGAUCAAUCGCCCCCUUCCCGGCUGGGGGAGGAGGACCCCACCCGCAGCCUCGCGAGCCCGGAGCCGCCAGCUGCCUCGGGACGAGCUCCUCGGAGCCCAGCCGGCCGCCUCUCCCGGCGCGGAGCCCGGGCCCGACUCGGUCCGGGGCGCUCCCGCCGGGGGGGGGGUGCGAACCCCGGCUCGAUCCCUCUGGCGGGGUUCGGGCAGGCGCCGGGGAAUUGGACCCGCGGGGACUCGCGCCUUCCGGACGAGCGGAGGGGAGGGCCGACCCCAGGACCGGGCUGCUGGCUUCGGAGGCAGAAAGACACCUCGAGACGUGUGGGCUUGACCGUCGCGAGCCCAGGGGCGCCCACCGCCCCCUUCACCCCGCCCCCUCCCGCCGCAGGCGAGAACCGCCGGACUCAGGAUCUUCGCCGGUGUUCCCGGCCCGCUCCCGAGCGGCUCGCGGUGGACGGCGCGGGUGUCUCCGGCGGCUCCCGGCUGGACAUCUGCGGGGGCAGCGCCGGCCGUCGCCCCCACCGACCCGUCCCACCAGUAGGACAGGGAGAGCCCAGGGCCGGAGCGGAGGAGGCAUGGAGUGGCCUGGAGUGGCUGCAGGUGGGGACGCUGGUAGAGCCCGGGGAGGAUGACAGCCUGAGUUCUCCCUUGGGUGUGAGGAGAGCUGUUCCACUGAGUCGGCCUUGGUGUGCUUUGGUGUGCAGUGGGUGUGAAGCUCCCAGAAGGGCCUGCAUCUUGGGUCGGAGGACUUGGCGGCCCUCAUUCACGCUUGUCUUCCCUUCCCAUCACCCAGACGAGACCCUCCGCUCUUUGGCCAGCCCUUCCUCCCCGCAGGGCCCCGAGCUGCACGGCUGGCGCCCCCCGGUGGACUGUGUCCGGGCCAAUGAGCUGUGUGCCGCGGAAUCCAACUGCAGCUCCCGCUACCGCACGCUGCGGCAGUGCCUGGCUGGCCGCGACCGCAACACCAUGCUGGCCAACAAGGAGUGCCAGGCGGCCCUGGAGGUCUUGCAGGAGAGCCCGCUGUACGACUGCCGCUGCAAGCGGGGCAUGAAGAAGGAGCUGCAGUGCUUGCAGAUCUACUGGAGCAUCCACCUGGGGCUGACCGAGGGUGAGGAGUUUUACGAAGCCUCACCCUACGAGCCGGUGACCUCCCGCCUCUCCGACAUCUUCAGGCUCGCUUCAAUCUUCUCAGGGACAGGGGCAGACCCGGUGGUCAGCACCAGGAGCAACCACUGCCUGGAUGCCGCCAAGGCCUGCAACCUGAAUGACAACUGCAAGAAGCUGCGUUCCUCCUACAUCUCCAUCUGCAACCGCGAGAUCUCGCCCACUGAGCGCUGCAACCGCCGCAAGUGCCACAAGGCCCUGCGCCAGUUCUUCGACCGGGUGCCCAGCGAGUACACCUACCGCAUGCUCUUCUGCUCCUGCCAAGACCAGGCGUGCGCCGAGCGCCGCCGGCAAACCAUCCUGCCCAGCUGCUCCUACGAGGACAAGGAAAAGCCCAACUGCCUGGACCUCCGCAGCGUGUGCCGGACUGACCACCUGUGCCGGUCCCGACUGGCAGACUUCCAUGCCAGUUGUCGAGCCUCCUCCCAGACGGUCACCAGCUGCCCUGCGGACAACUACCAGGCGUGUCUGGGCUCCUAUGCUGGCAUGAUUGGGUUUGAUAUGACACCCAACUAUGUGGACUCCAACCCCACUGGCAUCGUGGUGUCCCCUUGGUGCAGCUGUCGUGGCAGUGGUAACAUGGAGGAGGAGUGUGAGAAGUUCCUCAGGGACUUCACUGAGAACCCGUGCCUCCGGAAUGCCAUCCAGGCCUUUGGCAAUGGCACAGAUGUGAACGUGUCCCCUAAGGGCCCCUCGUUCCAGGCCACCCAGGCCCCUCGGGUGGAGAAGACUCCUUCUUUGCCGGAUGACCUCAGUGAUAGCACCAGCCUGGGGACCAGUGUCAUCACCACCUGCACAUCUGUCCAGGAGCAGGGGCUGAAGGCCAACAACUCCAAAGAGUUAAGCAUGUGCUUCACAGAGCUCACGACAAACAUCAUCCCAGGGAGCAGUAACAAGGUGAUCAAACCUAACUCAGGCCCCAGCAGAGCCAGACCGUCGGCUGCCUUGACCGUGCUCUCUUUCCUGAUGCUGAAACUGGCCUUGUAGGCACCAGGAACUGUGUCGGAAGAUUUCUGAAAGCUACAUGGACAAGAACACCCGCCUGACAAAAUGGAAACACACACAGACACACACACACACCUUGCAAAAAAAAUUGUUUUUCCCACUUUGUCGCUGAACCUGUCUCCUCCCAGGUUUCUUCUCUGGAGAAAUUUUUCUAAACCAAACAGACAAGCAGGCGGGCAGCCUGAGAGCCGGCCCAAGGGUCUUCUGGCAAGGGAAGCCCCAGCGCCGAGGAGGGCAUGGGGCUGUAGAAAUGCCCUUCACUUUCUCCUGGUGUUUUCCUCUCUGGACCCUUCUGAAGCAGAGACCAAGAUGGGAGCCCUGCAGCUGAAGGGACUCGUGCCUGAGGCAGGCUGGGGGCAGGACGAUGUGGCUGCCUUCUCAAGCUGCCCACUCUGGGGACCUGCUAGAGGCUGGCAGAGGGCAUCGGUCAGCAGGGCAGUGGGGCUGGCCACGGGAGGCGGUCUACCUGCAGCCCCCUCCUCUUGGCAUCAAGGAUGGAGAUGGUUUUGCCCUCCCUCUGCCCUCAGGUGGGCAGGGUGGGUCUGCAUCUGAUGUGGGAACCACCACAGAUGCUGGUGGAGGGGGAUGGCACUUCACAGGGCUCCCCCUGACUGUAGCACAGAGUAGGGUUCUGGGGGCCUGCUCCAGGAGGGCUUGGGAGCUCAGUCCGCCUGGGAAGUCCCCUUGCAGGGAGGGAGCAAAGCUUGGGCCCCAGCCCCGGGGUGCUUCUUCGUCCUUGGUGGCAGGAAUUUUGAAGUCAAAGAGAAAUGAUACUUUGGCUUUUUUGGUUUCUUGUGGGUCCAUUUGGCAGGUUUCCCUUUGGGGAGAGGGGCCGCUAAGAGGGGCAGGAGGGACCACUGUUGGACGUGUCUCUACCACACACUCUGGUCUCUUGAGCUCUCUCCUUCUCUAUUCUCCCUCUUCCCCUUUUCCACUCCCCCCGUCCUUUCCGAGACAUACGCCAACUGUAUGUACAUACCAAGGCUCCUCUCUCAACAUAUAUGUAUAUACACAUCCAUAUACAUAUAUCGUGUGGUUUCCCUUUGUUUCCUUUUUUAAAGAAACAAAACUAUCAGAAUAAUACCCCAACAGAUGAGCGAAAAUGUAUUAUUGUAAAGUUUAUUUUUUUUAAUAAUGUUGUCUAUAAUGGGGAGAAAAGGACAUCGGCCCCCAGUGCCCUGCUGCAGUUGGGCUGGCUGGGCUCUGCCGGGCUCCUGACCCGCAUCCACGCUUAACCAAGGCUCCAAUAAACGUACUAGGAAGCAAAUUGCCUCUGCCUCA